GAGGCAAUCAGUGACUGUCACCAGCUCAACCCCGAAUGAGGAAGCGGACGGAACAACAGUCCAUGGUUGAAUUUGAUCACUUUGCGUCUUUGCUACAUUUAUACUGGCAGUAUUUUAAUAAUAAUUCCUUCCUGUGAAAAGAGGUCCCCAUUAUUGAAGGAGAAGAGGAGAAUGGCUUUUUAAUUCUCUCUUUCGGCUCUGCAUUUCUAUGCAUAAACACAAAUAUACGGUUUAUGCAUGCAUUUGAUUUUGACAUAUUAGUCAGUGAGCUUCUAAAAUCCGAUGGAUUUGGGGAGGGUUUUCUGUUUGAUUUGCCUACUUCCAGUGCUGGUGGUAGUCUUCAGCGACCCUUCUAGAGUGACGGCAGGUGACAUUGUUCAUCACGACGAUUUAGCUCCUCAGAAGCCGGGUUGCGAGAACGAUUUUGUGCUGGUGAAAAUUCAAACAUGGGUUGAUGGUGUAGAAAAUGCUGAGUUUGUUGGUGUUGGUGCUAGAUUUGGCACUACGAUUGUGUCACAGGAAAAAAAUGCACACCAAACUCGACUCACUCGGCUAAACCCCCGAGAUGGUUGCAGUACUCCAAAAAACAAGAUUUCUGGAGAUGUCAUCAUGGUAGACCGAGGGAAUUGCAAAUUCACUGCAAAAGCUAAUUAUGCAGAAGCGGCUGGUGCUUCAGCAGUUCUUAUAAUAAACAACCAAAAAGAACUCUACAAGAUGGUUUGUGAUCCUGAUGAAACUGACCUAGACAUAAAGAUACCUGCUGUCAUGCUUCCCCAUGAUGCUGGUGUAACCUUGGAGAAAAUGCUUUCGAAUAGGUCUUCAGUUACUGUACAGCUUUACUCUCCACAACGGCCGGUAGUUGACAUAGCAGAAGUAUUUUUAUGGCUGAUGGCUGUUGGUACUGUAUUAUGCGCUUCAUACUGGUCAGCUUGGAGUGCUAGAGAAGCAGCCAUAGAACAUGACAAGCUUUUAAAGGAUGCUUUAGAUGAUCUUCCUGAAACUGGAACGGUUCAUACUAGCAGUGUGGUUGAUAUAAACAUGACAUCAGCAGUUUUGUUUGUUGCCAUUGCUUCCUGCUUCUUAAUCUUGUUGUACAAACUUAUGAGGUUCUCAUGGUUCUAUCGAAUCCUGGUUGUAGUCUUUUGUAUUGGUGGUGUUGAGGGUCUGCAAACCUGUUUAGUUGCCUUGCUAUCACGGUGGUUCAAGCGCACGGGAGAUUCAUUUAUUAAAUUACCCUUUUUUGGAGCGGUAUCAUACCUUACUUUGGCUGUUUCUCCAUUCUGCAUAGCCUUUGCAGUUCUAUGGGCAGUCUACAGAACAUAUUCAUUUGCAUGGAUUGGUCAAGAUAUACUUGGAAUUGCGCUGAUAAUCAUUGUUCUUCAGAUAGUACAGAUACCAAAUCUAAAGGUAGGAACAGUUUUACUGGGUUGCGCCUUCCUGUACGACAUAUUUUGGGUAUUUGCUUCUAAGAAGCUGUUCCACGAAAGUGUGAUGAUUGUGGUAGCUCGCGGGGAUAAAAGUGGAGAGGAUGGUAUUCCUAUGCUAUUGAAGAUUCCACGGCUAUUUGAUCCUUGGGGUGGUUAUAGCAUCAUAGGCUUUGGUGACAUCCUCCUACCGGGGCUUCUGGUUUCAUUUUCGCUAAGGUAUGAUUGGUUGGCAAAAAAGAAUCUCAGAACAGGUUACUUUCUGUGGGCAAUGUUUGCAUAUGGAUUAGGUCUUCUUAUUACAUAUGUAGCAUUGAACCUGAUGGAUGGUCAUGGUCAACCAGCACUUCUUUAUAUUGUUCCAUUUACUGUCGGGACAUUCUUGGCAUUGGGUAGAAAGAGAGGAGACCUUAAAACCCUGUGGACAAGAGGAGAACCGGAAAGGGUGUGUCCCCAUGUACAUCUUCAAUCAACCCAAGAGUCGGAUGAAGAAAAAUGAAAACACAAUAUGCAUAGCUCUAAUAAAUAGUUCGAGAAUUAGCAUAAAAUGUGUAAAGCUCUUGACCAUUUACAACUAAUUUUAAUGGUACAACAACCAGCUGUGUAUUGCCUGUCAGGCUAAAUGUGCAAAAAAACUAGCUUUAAAGGUAAUGCCCACUUUUAUCACUUUGUUUUGCUUACUCUCUUGCCAAAGAGCCAUCAUUGGUUGCAUAUUGACCUCAU